AGCUCGACCGACCGAGGAGAAGGUCUCAGUGGUUCACAUCAUGCUGAGAGAAAGAUUGCCUCCCAUCAACUUGACAUCUCAAAAUAUCCGUCGGUUUUCUCGCCAAGGUUUCUGACGCACGAAGAAGUCAACAAAAUGUCACCGUCCAACAUCUCCAUUGUCAUUGGUCCAACUAAUCUGGGCAACACCAGUUGCCAGCCUCGCUGCUCUCGGGGAUAUAACUCUUUUACUCUUCUUCUCAUC